ACAGAGGCAUUUGAGCUGCAUGGGCACAGAGGAAAGACCAUGUGAGGAUACAGGGAGAAAGCAGCUACCUGAAAGCGAGGAGAGAGGCCUUGAAAUGGCUGGAGAAAUCAACCUUGCCUGCACCUUGAUCUUGGACUUCCAGCCUUCAGAACUUGUGAGAAAAUAAUUUCUGUUGUUUAAGUCACCCAGUCUGUGGUAGUUUGUUAUGGCAACCCAGAGGACUAAUGCAAACACACCUGGGGUCCUGUGGCUGCCCUGCUCCAGAGACAGAGCUGUAUCACUCACACCCACUCACCUGCCCCUCGCCAGGAACGCCCCCCCUCCCCCACCCCUCUCCAUCCCAUUCCUCUAGAUUCUUCUCCAGCUCCCGGGCCUCCUAGCCCUGGGCUCCCGGCGUGGCGCGGAGGAGGUGAGGCGCGGCUCUGCGGUCCCCAAGUCUCUGCCUCGGGGAUCUGCUCCCCCUGCGCUCCUGACACACCGCAGGCACUCGAGUUCCUGCGUGGAUGUUAUUGGGUUACAAAUGUCUCGUACCUGCGGAGAAAAGGCGCGGUCCGGGGCAGCCCCUGGGUCUAGGAUUCAGAGAUGUCAGAACCCAACCACGGUCGGUGUAAGGAGGCCGAGACCCGCGCAGUCCAGGUAGUUGGGGGAAUGAACACGGGGACCACGGACGCCACCCUCGCACACGCGGGGGACACUGGCCAAGACCUGCGGGGGGCUCCGGGACCCCGCGGAGAAGAGAAGCAUCCUAGCCUCCUGCGCCUGGAACUACCCCCAUGCUUUGCCUGCCGCCAGGUGUAGGGUCUCUGGAAAGGGCUGCUGGGGGAGCGGAGGACCGGGAGCCCCCUUUACUAGGGGGGGUCUGUUUAGUCUGAGAAAGCAGAAGCGAGCGGUGCCUGGAGGAGUCCCAACGGAACCGGCAUCAGGGAAGAGAAUCUUGUGGCCGCCGCUAUGGGAAGUGAAGCCAAGGGGCACGGCCGGGGCUCGUCGCCGCCGCCCCCCACCCGGCCACGCCCCGAGAUUGCAAAAGGGUCUCUGGGUUCCGGCGGGAGACCGGGGGGCCUGGCCCGCCCCUUCUCGCUGGAUGUCCGAAGAUUGGGCCAUUUCUCGGACCAAGCCGUCAGCGCUCAGUGGGGUGCGUCUGCCACACCCGACGAGGGAGGAGCUUCCCGCACAGCUUGGCGCCAGGACCAGACCAGUCCCCGACCCCGAAAGGCGGGCGCGCGGACUGGGAGUCCCGGGAGAUCCCAGCACCUCUGGGCCCUCCGCUGGACGCCGCCGUCCCCUUACUCCGUGCUGCCCAAGGUGCUGGACCCUGGUGCAGCCCCCAGUCCUUCUCUCCUAACCUGCUCCUGGUUCCCCCGCCCCAGCCUCUCCGAGCUUCUCCCCCAGGUCCCCAGGGCGGCUCCGGUCAGGCCCUCGAGCCCCGCGGCUGCCUAGGCAGGAGCGUGCCAUGCUCCGGCUCCUGGUGCUGCUGCUCCCGCUGCUCCCACCGCCAGCGCGAGCCCCAGAGCCCUCCCCGCAGGACGUGAGCCUGGGCGUGGACUGGCUGACCCGCUAUGGCUACCUGCCGCCACCCCACCCAGCCCAGGCCCAACUACAGAGCCCUGCAAUGCUGCGGGAUGCCAUCAAGGUCAUGCAGAGGUUUGCCCAGCUGCCUGAAACGGGUCUCCUGGACUCACUGACAAUGGCCACCAUGCGUAAGCGCCGCUGCUCCCUGCCCGAUGUGCUGGGGGUGGCGGGACUUGUUAGGCGGCGCCGCCGGCGCCGGUAUGCUCUGAGUGGCAGCAUGUGGAAGAAGCGAACCCUGACGUGGAGGGUACAGUCCUUCCCCCAGAGCUCACCAUUGAAGCAGGAGGUUGUGAGGACCAUCAUGCACCAUGCCCUGACCACCUGGGGUAUUGAGUCAGGCCUCACAUUCGAGGAGAUGUAUUCUCAGGACCCGAGAGAGCCUGACAUCCUCAUCGACUUUGCCCGGGCCUACCACCAGGACAGUUACCCCUUUGAUGGGCAGGGGGGCACCCUAGCCCAUGCCUUCUUCCCCGGGGAGCAUUCCAUCUCUGGGGAUACUCAUUUCGACGAUGAGGAGAUCUGGACUUAUGGGUCAAAAGAUGGUGAGGGGACUGACCUGUUUGCUGUGGCUGUUCAUGAGUUUGGUCACGCCCUGGGCCUGGGCCACUCCUCAGCGCCUGACUCCAUCAUGAGACCCUUUUACCAGGGCCCGGUGGGCAACCCCACCAAGUAUCGCCUGUCCCAGGAUGACCGUGAAGGCCUGCAGCAGCUCUACGGGAAAGCGCCCCAAACCCCACAUGAUGAGCCCACAAGGAAACCCCUGCCUCCUCCUUCCCCACCCCCAAACAGCCCCUCCCUCCCUGUUCCUGAUCGAUGUGCUGGCAACUUUGAUGCCAUCGCCAACAUCCGUGGGGAAACCUUCUUCUUCAAAGGCCCCUGGUUCUGGCGACUCCAGCCCUCGGGACAGCUUGUGUCCCAUCGGCCUGCCCGGCUCCACCGCUUCUGGGAGGGGCUGCCCGCCCAGGUGAAGGUAAUCCAGGCCGCGUACUCCAGGCACCGAGAUGGCCGAAUUCUCCUCUUCAGUGGCUCCCAGUUCUGGGUGUUCCAGGACCGGCAGCUGGAGGGCGCCGCACGACCGCUGGCCGAGCUGGGGCUGCCCCAGGGGGAAGAGGUGGAUGCUGUGUUCUCGUGGCCGCUGAACGGAAAGACCUACCUGGUCCGGGGCCAGCGCUACUGGCGGUAUGACGACGCGGCGGCGCGCCCUGACCCCGGCUACCCGCGCGACUUGAGUCUCUGGGAGGGGGCUCCUCAGGCCCCAGACGACGUCACUGUCAGUAACACAGGUGAUACCUACUUCGUUAAGGGCACCCACUACUGGCGAUUUCCCAAGGGCAGCGUCAAGGCCGAGCCUGACUCCCCGCAACCCAUGGGCCCCCAGUGGCUGGACUGCCCGGCUCCCAGUGCUGGCCCUCGCUCCCCCAAGACCCCCAAAGUGACUCUCAAGCCAGGAGUCUGCGAUUGUCAGUGCGAGAUCAACCAGGCCACGGGGCGGCCGUCGGUGCCCCAACUGCUGCCCCUUCUGCCCCUGCUUGUGGGGAGCAUCAUCUACAGCUGAGCGGGGUCAGGCGCUACAUGGAGCGGCCUGGGUCUCCCACCGCGGGCCUGUGGGGAGUUGUGAUCGCUGCCUGGCCCCAUCCGCUGUUCCCAGGGGCGGGUUCAGAGCGGUUGGGGCUGGGCUGAAGCCUGUGAAGCUAAGACCAGGAGAUGGAGACAGGGACAAAGGCUGUCCUUUGAACUGAGAACAGGAAGUGUUCAGCUUCGCCUACCCGCCACCCCACCGCCAGAAACGCUCCCCCACCGCUCCUUCCCCCCUCGCAGGACUUUCGUUUUCCCGGAAUAGCUGGCUUUUCUGGAGAGCAGCAGGCUGACUGCCUGUAUCCUUCGCUGAGCCUGGCAACAGUGGCUCAGUCUGUUUGGGUCUUUAGAGAACAGGCCUGACUGGGAGACUGAACCCCAGCCCCUUACCCCCCAGUGCUCUGAAUUUUCCUGAAGUUCUUCACCCUGCCCUCUUCCACCGUGUCCCAGUCAACACCACAUGGGUGGGGACAUGGGACCAGCAGGGAGACCAUCCCUGAGCACUAGUGCUGCAGGUCUGGGUGACACCAGUCGCCAUGAGGGCGGCCUUCUCUAAUCCGGCCUGUGGACUUACUUGCUGGUCACCACCACCCUAGACCCAAACCUGCUCCUAUUCAGUAGGACACCCUCCUAUCCCUAAAAACCAAUUCCCAUCUACACACUGGAGUGUCUGUGGUUCCCUCAAGGACUCCAUGGGUCACCUCAAUGCUGGUGGAAAGACAGUGAACUGAGUACUUUCUAAUCUGGGGUCACUACCUCCUCAGCACUCCUAGGUAACAGGUGGGUGGAACCUGGGCCACCUCAUUCACACCCCCCCCCCCCCCACCACACUCUUCACAGACUUCAGGAUCUAAAACUGCCUCUGGAACUGUGCUUCCAGAAUGUUCCACAUCAGAAUCACCUAGGGACUUCAAAAUGCAGAUCCCGUGCAGUCGCCUGAAUCAUGAAACAGGGUGCACCCAGGACUCUGCAUUUGAACAAGCUGGGGGGUCAGUCAGGUGGCCCGAUGGGCAAGGGGGCUGGGCCAGCAGCUCCCUUCUCUGUCUAGUGGGUUUUCUGUGUCUCUGCCUUGUUUUCCCAGGAGCCACACAGAGCCAAGCUGAUGGCCUUGGUUGAGAGGGGUAACCCCAUGGGUAGAGUCACUCGGUGGCCACUUCUUGAGUUGCCAUCCAGCCUCAGGCCCCACAAAGCUGCAUGGAGCCAAGACUGUGAGCUGUAGUCUCAGGGAGCAGGGAGGGUGCCGCCAUUAGGACAAGUAGAGACCGUUAUGAGAGCAAUAACCAGGCAUUUUCAACCAGCCUGUGACUUGAGAAUUCUAAGCCACCAAAAAAACCCAUCUGGGCCUCCGUCAGGAUCUCUUUGAAAUAUGAGGAAGGGGGAACUUGUAUUUUAAACACUUAUCAGUCCCUCUCACGAGGACAAUAACAAUGACUGGAGAGAAAAUCCUUCAUUUCUUCUGAGCACGAUGGAUCUUUUGUAGCAGGAACUUGACAAACCUGAAUAGCUCUACUUUGCAGAGUUGGAAUCCAGAGUUGGUGGGUGGCAGGGGAUGGAAGGAGAAUGAGAUGGCAGAGAGAGAGGAACUCAAAAAUUGGUUGGGGGAACCCAGAGGAGGGGUGUCCAAUGUAAAUUUGAGGCUGCUUUCAGUGCUACAUGGAAACUUUCCAGCCUUUGUUUACUAAGUCUACUAUGCAAAAUAUCAUGUCAAAUUGAUUCAUAUAUAUAUAUAUAAUUUUUUUUUUUAGCUGAGCCAUCCUGCCACCUGUUGGCAGCUCAGUGGCUGCU